UUUGAACAAACCGUCCCAAAGGAGGGACCAAAAUAGGUAUUAAACCUAGAUAAAAUAAGUUGAUUUUUUUUUACUAGUGAGGUGUUUCCCGGUGUCGUUUCCGAUUGGGAGGAUCGUGAGCGGUGGAAGCGGUGGCCGUAGCUUCAUUCUGACGCCAUGAACACUGUAAUCUGCCACCGCCUAAGGCUAAGUCCAAAACUUCUUCUCUAUUCUUUCCCCAAACCCUCUUUCCCGUUCUCAACAACCACUUCCGAUUCUGUCUCCUUCACCAUAUCCUACCUCACCAACACCUGCGGCUUCACACCAGAGGCUGCACUGAAACUAUCCAAACGACAUCGUUUCAACACUGCCCAAAAACCCGAUUCCGUCAUCUCCUUCUUCCAAACCCACGGUUUCUCCACCUCCCAGAUCCACCACAUCCUCAGCAACUAUCCCCAACUCAUACUAUGCAACCCCACCCGAACGCUUCUCCCCAAAUUGCACUUCUUGACCUCCAAAGGUGUUUCUGCAUCCGACGUCGUUUCCAUUGUCACUAGGAACCCCCGUUUCCUCUGUAGCAGCCUCGAAAACUGUAUCUUCCCCACCUUCCAACUCUUCCGAAGGUUCUUUCCCUCCGACCUCAAAGCCCUCACUGUUUUCUUCGCAUGUCCCUAUGUCAUCGGCAACACUCACUUGUUGGCAUCAAACGUUAAAAGGUUGCUCGACGCCGGAGUCGCGCACGUUGGCAUUCGGCACUUGCUCUCUACUCGGUCUUUUUCUCUCUGCUCCGACCUGAGAACCCUUUUGGAGGAAGUGAAGCUGUUGGGGUUUGACCCUCUGAAGGUGACCUUCGCUAUGGCCCUUGAGGCCAAAAGUACUGUUUCCAAACCCCGUUGGGAUGCCAAAGUCGACGUCUUGAAGAAAUGGGGUUGGUCUGAAGAUGAGGUUUUGGUUGCGUUUAGGAAACAUCCUAAAAUGAUGCUCUGUUCCAUGGAGAAACUUGAUGCAGUGACGGGGUUUUGGGUGGAUCGGCUUGGAUGGGAUCGUUCUACGCUUAUUGCGUAUCCUUCGUUGUUUUUUUUCAGUUUGGAGAAAAGACUCGUUCCGAGGGCUUUGGUUCUGCAGCAUCUUCUCUCCAGAGGAUUGGUGAAGAAGGAUGCUAGCUUCGUCACACCGUUUGUAAAGUCUGAUGAGUGGUUUCUGAAAAAGUAUGUGAGAUAUUUCACGGAGGAAACACCCUGGUUACUAGAGCUAUAUGAGAAGGGACAGGGAGCAUCCUAGCAUCUGGUUGUUGAGAUUUAAUUUAACUCAUGCACAUACAUACAGGUGAUUGAUCCAGGAGAGCAAAAGGUGUUGUUGUUAGAGAAAGCCUUUGCAGCUAUCUGAUUGGCAAUGGGAAAAUGAGCAAGGUGCGAGGCAUUUUCAAAUGGCAAGAUGACAAAACAGAAUCAGAAGCACCCAAUACUGAAAGCAGGCAAAGGAAUAAGGGAACAAGUUCUUAGUGAAUUGAUAGAGAAAGGACUAAAUCCAAAAUCCUUUAAAACAGUUACCACUGCUAUAACUUAGUUUUGACAUAAUUAUAUGUUCUUCAAAGUUCUCUCUUCUUAUUCUUUAGAAUAUUUUCCCCAA